AGUGAGCUCGUGAAAAGAGAUAAGAAGGCAGAUACUAUCUCUCUCAGUAUCCGCAUCACCCUCACAAACGAACGAGUGUCACUGACUCAGUGACUCAGAGACUCAUUAUCAUACUGUGAGAGAGGGGGAGAGAGAGAGUCAGAGACAGAGAGUAUUAGAGCAAUGGCAGCUUCCCAAUUUGCUGCAACUCGGGUUGGAGCAGAGACAGUUUGGCAAUGCAAAUCUCAAUCUAAAUUGAUCGAUUUCAGUUCCAGAAAGAACAAAUCAAAGCUUUUGUUCACGAGGAGGAACUUGAACCAGAGGAGGUCGUUUUCAUUUUCGGUGAAGAACGCGUCGAGUGAGCCUUCCCAGAAGCUGAAGGAUCCGAUCGUCGAACAAGAUUCCUCCAUACUCAGCUCAUUCAUACCCGAUGCUGCAUCCAUCGCUUCAAGUAUCAAAUACCAUGCAGAGUUCACCCCAUCGUUUUCUCCAGAGAGAUUUGAGCUUCCAAAGGCCUUCUUUGCAACUGCACAAAGUGUUCGUGAUGCACUCAUCAUUAACUGGAAUGCAACAUAUGCUUAUUAUGAAAAGUUGAAUGCAAAGCAGGCAUAUUAUUUGUCAAUGGAAUUUCUACAGGGUAGAGCGCUGCUAAAUGCAAUUGGUAAUUUAGAGCUAGAUGGUGCAUAUGCAGAGGCUUUAAGCAAGCUUGGACACAAAUUAGAAAAUGUUGCUUGCCAGGAACCAGAUGCUGCACUUGGAAAUGGAGGUCUUGGACGCCUUGCCUCUUGCUUCUUGGACUCUUUGGCAACUUUAAAUUAUCCAGCAUGGGGUUAUGGACUUAGAUACAAGUAUGGCUUAUUUAAACAGCGAAUUACUAAAGAUGGUCAAGAAGAAGUUGCUGAGGAUUGGCUUGAGCUGGGGAAUCCCUGGGAAAUUGUGAGAAAUGAUGUCUCCUAUCCUGUUAAAUUUUAUGGCAAGGUUGUUUCUGGAUCUGAUGGAAAACGACAUUGGAUUGGAGGAGAAGACAUAGAUGCUGUUGCUUAUGAUGUUCCAAUACCAGGAUAUAAAACUAAAACCACGAUCAACUUGCGGCUUUGGUCAACGAAAGCUUCAUCACAGGAUUUUGAUUUACAUGCUUUUAAUUCUGGAGAGCACACUAAAGCAUCUGAAGCUUUAGCAAAUGCUGAAAAGAUUUGCUAUGUACUUUAUCCUGGGGAUGAAUCAGUGGAGGGCAAGACACUUCGUUUGAAGCAACAAUAUACUUUAUGUUCUGCUUCUCUCCAAGAUAUUGUUGAACGUUUUGAGAGAAGAUCUGGACCAAAUAUCAAAUGGGAGGAGUUCCCCGAGAAGGUUGCAGUGCAGAUGAAUGAUACUCAUCCAACUCUCUGCAUUCCUGAACUGAUGAGAAUUUUGAUUGAUUUGAAGGGUUUGAGCUGGAAGGAGGCCUGGAAUAUUACUCAAAGAACGGUUGCAUAUACAAACCAUACUGUUCUACCUGAAGCAUUGGAAAAAUGGAGUUUAGAACUUAUGCAGAAACUGCUUCCUCGACAUGUUGAGAUUAUAGAAAUGAUAGAUGAGGAGCUCAUUAACACCAUAAUCUCGGAGUAUGGUACAGCAGAUUGUGAUUUAUUAGAGAAGAAACUGAAGGAGAUGAGAAUAUUAGAAAAUGUUGAUUUGCCUGCCACAUUUGCGGAUCUAUUUGUUAAACCCAAAGAAAGCUCUGUUGUUGUUCCCAGUGAAGAACUUGAAGAUUCAAAAGAUGAAGAAGAUGAAUCUGUUGAUGAAGAUGAUGAAUCUGUUAAUGAAGAUGAUGAAUCUGUUGAUGAAGAAGAUGAAUCUGUUGAUGAAGAAAAUGGACCUGAGAAGAAAUGUGAUGAGGAAAAAAAGAAAAAGGUGUUGGUGGAACCGCCGCCAAAGUUAGUACGCAUGGCAAAUCUCUGUGUUGUGGGUGGUCAUGCAGUAAAUGGUGUUGCUGAAAUACACAGUGAAAUAGUAAAAGAUGAAGUAUUCAACUCAUUUUUUAAGUUGUGGCCUAAGAAAUUUCAAAACAAAACAAAUGGGGUGACACCAAGAAGAUGGAUCCGCUUCUGCAAUCCAGAUUUGAGUAAAAUUAUAACCAAGUGGAUUGGCACGGAAGACUGGGUCUUAAAUACUGAAAAUCUGGCAGAAUUACGAAAGUUUGCAGAUAAUAAUGAUCUCCAAACCCAAUGGAGGGAAGCAAAAAGAAGCAACAAGUUGAAAGUUGUAUCAUUGAUCAAAGAAAGAACAGGAUAUUCUGUCAACCCUGAUGCAAUGUUUGAUAUACAGGUGAAGCGCAUUCAUGAAUACAAGAGACAACUUUUGAAUAUUUUCGGAAUUGUUUACCGCUACAAGAAAAUGAAAGAAAUGAGUGCUUCAGGAAGGAAAGCAAAGUUUGUUCCACGUGUUUGUAUGUUUGGAGGAAAAGCAUUUUCCACAUAUGUGCAAGCCAAGAGAAUUGUGAAAUUUAUCACAGAUGUCGCUGCAACUAUAAAUCGUGAUCCUGGCAUAGGUGAUCUAUUGAAGGUAGUCUUCGUUCCUGAUUACAAUGUCAGUGUUGCUGAAUUGUUAAUUCCUGCAAGUGAGCUCUCACAGCACAUCAGUACUGCUGGGAUGGAGGCCAGUGGAACCAGCAACAUGAAGUUUGCAAUGAAUGGCUGCAUCCUAAUUGGGACUCUGGAUGGUGCCAAUGUUGAAAUAAGAGAAGAGGUUGGAGCAGACAACUUUUUCCUGUUUGGUGCUAAAGCUCAUGAGAUUGCUGGGCUGAGAAAAGAAAGAGCUGAGGGGAAGUUCGUUCCAGACCCACGUUUUGAAGAAGUGAAGGAAUUUAUCAGAAGUGGUGUUUUUGGGUCGUUCAAUUAUGAUGAACUGAUUGGAUCCUUGGAAGGAAAUGAAGGAUUUGGCCGUGCAGAUUAUUUCCUUGUGGGCAAAGACUUCCCCAGUUAUAUAGAAUGCCAAGAGAAGGUUGAUGAGGCAUAUCGGGACCAAAAGAUAUGGACAAGAAUGUCAAUCCUGAACACAGCAGGCUCAUACAAGUUUAGCAGUGACAGAACCAUUCACGAAUAUGCCAAAGACAUAUGGAACAUUAACCCUGUCGAAUUGCCAUAGAAGUUUCUCCUUGUGAGCAAAGACGGCCUUGCCUCGUGGUCGUGAUGGUGGCCUUCGGCUUUCGGUUGCUAUGCAACCAUCGUUCUCUCUGUCUUUCUCGUGUAAAGGUAAAUGCUUAGAAUAAAGGGUAGCGCUUGGUUGCUACAUUACUAUAGUAUAUGCUCCGAAGGAAAAAAAAAAGGGUGGUCAACUUAUCCCAGAUUAAAGCACCAUCUCGUAUGUAUAGUAAAUGCUGGGAACAAAGGGUGGUUGCCCCAAAUAAGCAGCACCAUACUUUAGCUGAGAAUUCUAAUAUUUCUGUUUUUCUUUCUUUUAUAUCUCAAAUAGUCAACUUGAUCGAUCAAUUAUAAAAUGAACAAUAAAAUGAAGGGAGAUUUUAUUGGCA